AUGUGGGAGGUCGUGGCUGAGAAGUUGGCCUUGAGUAACCCUCCUAUUCCUGUAGGGCAAAUUGAUGCAUCCAAGUACCCUGAGGUCCGAGUGAAGCACGAGAUCCGCGCUAAUCCGACAAUAAAGUUGUUCAUAGACGAGGAAGCCUUCGAGUUCCCGUUGGAGGAGGAGAGGACGUGGGCUAAUAUAGUAAAUUGGAUCAACGAGAGAACGAAUAGAGAGCAAGUCGUGUCUGAUGCAGAGGAGAUGGACGUUUUCCUGGACGAGAACCCUCUGGCAAUCGUCGGCCUAUUCAUUUCUGAAAGAGAUUCUGAAAUGUUCAAGAAGACCUCUCGUCAUUUCGAUGAUGUUUCCUUCGCCGUAACGUACGGUAGUAACUCCCGUGAGAUGGCCCAGUACUUGGUGAAGCAGGGGUGUUUACUCAACUUCUAG